GGAGGGAGGGGAGGGAAGGGAAGGAAAGGAAGCGAAGCGAGAAGACAGAUGCUUUCACCUCGUUCCCCUCUGAGAGGGAGAGAAAAGAAAAACCAAAAGACAAUUACAUUUUGCACAUUUUAAAAAAAACAGCCUUCAUGUGGGGAAAAUAUUCCUGAGGAGGACUUUUUUUUUCCCUGUGUAUUUUUUUCUUCCUUCUUUUCGAAGUGCGUGUUAAAUCUUCGUCGACGAUGCAGGGAUCGUGAUGAUGAGUUCGUCUGGCUGCUGGGUGGCGAACGGGGCGAGUUUGGAGGAUUGCUAUUCCAAUCUCUUCUCUCUGGCUGACCUACCUGGAAUUAAAUGGCGACGUUAUUCGUGGAAGGGUCCUGUGGGGACACCGCUCGUCAUCCCGGUGGCUGAAGACGAUGCCAUUCUCUGCAGCUUCAGCCGCUGCUUAAAAGCUAAUGUACUUUGUGUGUGGCGCAGGGAUGUGAUGCCAGGCCACCGGGAGCUUUGGAUUUUCUGGUGGGGUGAAGUGCCAAAUUUUGCUGAUCUGAUCCACCAUGAACUCAAAGUGGAAGAGGAGGGAUUAUGGGAGCAGGGACUGUCGUAUGAGUGCCGCACACUGCUUUUUAAGGCCAUUCAUAACUUACUGGAAAGGUGCUUGUUGAACAGAAACUUUGUGCGAAUUGGAAAGUGGUUUGUAAAGCCAUAUGAAAAAGAUGAGAAACCGGUGAACAAAAGUGAGCACUUGUCAUGUUCCUUUACCUUUUUCUUGCAUGGGGACAGUAAAGUCUGUACCAGUGUUGAGAUAAACCAACAUCAACCAGUAUACCAUCUCAGUGAGCAACAUGUCACUGCAGCCCAGGGUUCCUCUAACCCCUUCCAAGUGAUCCUCAGCCCGUUUGGAUUGAAUGGUACCCUGACAGGCCAGUCUUUCAAACUAUCUGAUCCUCCCACCCUUAAACUGAUAGACGAAUGGAAGCAGUUUUAUCCAAUGCAGACCAGCUCAAAGGAAACCACAGAUGACAAACAGGAGGAGGUAGACUGGGAUGAUGACUCGAUAGCAGCUGUAGAAGUCAUUGUUGCUGGUGUGCGAAUGGUGUACCCAGCUUGCUUUGUUUUGGUGCCUCAGCCUGAUGUUGUCACUGGCAUCUUGAGCAGCUCCACUGGGACGACGCAUUGCACAGCUGUAUACACAAGUGCUCACCAAGUGCCUCCCCAAAUAAGGGAUCCAGCCAUUUCCUCUGUGACUUUGACUCCACCCACAUCACCAGAAGAAACUGAAACAGCUGAAAUUCAGGCCACCCAGAAGUGGGUGAAGGUUCCUUCAAUGUGUGAGGUACUUAAUAUGGAAAAUUCAGGGCAUGGUGGAAAAAUUCCUAGAAAAUUAGCCAAUCAAGUGGUAGAGAAGGUGUGGCAGGAGUGCAAUCUGAACAAAAUCCAGAAAAAACGGAAAUAUUCUAACGUGAAUGGCUGUGAAGAUGAUUCACCUGGCAAAGAGACGUCAUGGGAUUUUGUUGAAGCUACACAAAGGGUGAAUUGCAACUGCUCAAGGCAUAAGAAUAAAAGAGGCACUGGCGUCCAAGGACAGUCUCAGACUCCCUGUCCACAACAAUCAACAGUACUCAAGCAUAAAAUGAACGACAAGCAAGAAAAAGGGGAAAAACAACAGAAGCGACCACUAACUCCUUUUCAUCACCGUAAUUCAGUAUGUGAUGAUGUUGCAAUGGAACCGGACUCAACUAAUCACAGACUUGGAAUUAGGCAACAGGACAACAGAGGAAGGUAUCCAAGUACAAGGCCUAAUGAUCUUGUAAGCUCCACAAAGUCCUCACAGUUGCACAUCCCAGAGCUACCUAACUCUCCACCACCGCCACCCCUCAGCCCUCAUCCAUGUGAGAGGGGUGAGGAUGUGGGUGAUGCAUUUAAAAACCCAUUGAUGCCUCAGAGUCAGCCGUUCUGCCAGAUGCCUGCUCCAGAUCCACUACUACCAGGCAAAGUUGUUGAGGACAGGAUGGAGACAGUUCCCACCCAAACUUUUUCAUUGGGUUUUUCAGAAGUGAUGGAGCCUACAACUUACGGUAGCAGUAUGUUGCAAUUUGAAAAUGAUGGGCCUGAUGUCACGUGGAAAUGUUAUCGACUGCCCACUUGCAUGGAAUCUGAUUUUGUGCCACCACAGCUGCCAUUGGAUAAAUACAAAGAGGAGUAUACUGCAGUGAACAACCAAGAUCAUGCACUUUCUUCUGUCUCAGACUUGGUGGUACACUCAAACAAGCCAUUGAAGAUUUCAGAAGAGCAGGUACAGGGCUACAUCCAGAGUAGAAACCAGUACUACAAGAGUGUUCGCACAGAGGCAGAUUCCAAGUCAGAAAUUGAUCCAUAUGCAUUUGAUGAUGGAGAUGAAGAGUUCAGCCUGCCUGACAAGAAGGACAAGCAAGGCAAUGAGAGAGAUCCUGGAAGAAAACAUUCACAAAAGGGAGACAAUGACAGUCUUGGCAUAUCCCAUUCAGUGUUGCCGGCAGAAGGAGAGGAUGCCAUGUCGAUAUUUAAUUCUGGAACAAAACCAGAUGGACAAAGAUCACCCACGCACAGUCGGACUGCAUCCACGAGUCUUAUGAAUGAAGUUGAUCUGGUUGUUUCAUACAAAGAUCUUGACAAUCUGUUUGAUGAUGAAGAUGAACUUGGGCAGCCUGGUUCUCGAAGUGCACAUGUUGGAUCGGAUGAAAAAAUCGGCAACAGGGAUACGAAGGCUGGGCCUUUUGACACGUUCCCUUGUAUAAGUUCUGCAGAUCUGCAGCAGAUGUUUCCCACACCUCCAUCCUUGGAGCAGCAUGGCCCAGGCUACUCUCCAAUGAAUAUUAACUGCAAAGAGUUUGGAGGCCUGGACAACACCCCAGGAAUGACUCUGGAUGGCCACCAUUUUACUGCAACAAGUCUGAAUCAUUUCAAGAUUGAAGUGGAAGAGGGAAUGGGGAGUCCGAAACCUUCAGAGAUUAAGGACUUUUCUUAUGUUUAUAAACCCGAGAAGUGCCAAGGGUACAUGGGGUGUACUAUGUUUGCACCACUGAAAAUCUUACCAAGCCAGUGUCUGCCUCCUGUAAAACUCCCAGAAGAAUAUCGUCCUUCGUGGACUGUGGGCAAGUUGGACCUGCUUCCUCCUGUACCUCCCAUGCCGUAUAUCCGUGAUAUAAAUAUUCCGAGUGUUGGAAGUGGUAUGGAUCAGGAUUACAUACAGACCUGCACACCACAAACGCAUACCCCAUUUGGAGUGUCAAACAGUGCUCCUCCAAGUAAUGGUGCUGGUGUUCUUCCAUCUCCUGCCACUCCACGCAUCUCUGCUCCAACUCCAAGGACCCCAAGGACCCCACGCACUCCUCGCGGAUGUGGGGGUCCAGCCAGUGUUCAGGGCUCUGUGAAGUAUGAGAACUCUGAUUUAUAUUCACCUGCUUCCACACCUUCAACCUGCCGCCCACUGAAUUCAGUAGAACCUGCAACAGUGCAAUCCAUUCCUGAAGCGCACAGUCUUUAUGUGAACCUAAUCCUAUCUGAUUCCAUCAUGAAUCUCUUUAAAGAUUGCAGUUUUGACAGCUGCUGCAUCUGUGUCUGUAACAUGAACAUCAAAGGAGCUGAUGCUGGAUUGUACAUCCCAGACCCUACCAAAGAGUCUCAGAACCCAUGCACGUGUGGAUUCAGUGCUGUGAUGAACCGAAGGUUUGGAAACAACUCCGGGCUCUUUUUGGAAGACGAAUUGGAUAUUAUUGGGCGAAACACAGACUGUAGCAGUGAGGCUGAAAAGCGAUUAGAGGACCUCAGGAACGUGUCUGUUGAGCAGGGGGAAGGAGGCACAAAGGAGACAGAAAAAGUGCCUGACGAGUUAAUAUUGCUACUUCAGGACCAGUGCACUAACCCCUUCUCCUCAUUAAAAUCAGUGGAUCCUUCAGUAGUGGCAAAAUUACAAACAGUGGGGCCACCGGUACGUGUGGAGGAUAGAGACUACUACAGGGAAUGUUACAUUGCUUUGGAGCAGGGAUAUCAGUUUAUGGACAAUAUGUCGGGUGGGAAGCUUGAUGAAGCACUUGUGAAGAACUCUUGUUUACAUCAUUGGUCAAGAAGAAAUGCUGUGGAUGUCAGCAUGCUGUGUUCGCAAGAUCUUCUGCGCCUUCUUCUGUCCCUUCAGCCUGUUUUGCAAGAUGCCAUUCAGAAAAAACGAGCUGUUAGAUCAUGGGAGAGUAUCCAGCAUGUGCAGGGGCCUCUCACUUGGCAGCAGUUCCACAAAUUGGCUGGUCGGGGAUCUUAUGGUACAGACGAGUCUCCAGAGCCACUACCUAUCCCGACGUUUAUGUUGGGUUAUGAAUGUGAUUUUGUGGUGUUAUCUCCAUUUGCAUUACCAUACUGGGAGAAGCUCCUUCUGGAGCCGUAUGGAUCACAAAGAGAUAUUGGCUAUGUUGUGGUGUGCCCAGAAAAUGAAGCACUUUUAAAUGGAGCAAGAAGUUUCUUUCGCGACCUCAGUGCAGUCUAUGAGUCCUGCAGACUUGGGCAGCACAGGCCCAUCUCGAAAUUGCUUCCUGAUGGGAUCAUGAAAGUUGGGACCAAAGCAGCCUUGAACAUUGCAGAGCAGCCGGUAAAUGAUUGGUUCUCUCAGCACUGUGUGAACGCUAGCAGUGAAGCAUUUUCCAAACUGAAACUUUACGCUCAAGUGUGCAGACAUGAUCUGGGUCCGUACCUUGCUGGUCAAACGUUGGACAGUUCAUUGCUCUCGCAGCCUAACCCCGUUUCCUCUUGCAGUCGAUCCAGUACGUUACAAAUUCCUGCACAAGUUUCUGCUGGGGGUUCAUCUGCAUCUUCCACAUGUGUUCCUGUACCAUCAGGUACUUUAGCAAACACUGCCAUAACAGCCACAGUCGCCAAUUGUACUACUACAAAUGUAGCCUCAGUACCUGUGAACCUGGCCAGCGUAUCUUCUGCAGUAAAGCCGUCUUCCUCUUUUCCUCCAUUUGCACAUUUGAAUAAUUCCUCCAGUGUUGUUACUGCUCAGGGUUCAACCUCCCAGCAGAGUAAUGGUAUCUCUGAGUCAGCAGUUGGUGGAAUGGGACAACAACACCAGGAACCUCCAGAGAGCACCAUGGAAAGGGAUAAAAUUGGGGUCCCAACGGAGGGGGAGUCUCAUGCCAUCAAUUAUCCACCAUCCAUCGUUGUGUACAUUGUGGAUCCUUUUACUUACAAUGCAGAGGAUGAAAGGUCGUCAUCUUCAAAUGUUUGGACACUCGGGCUAUUGCGCUGCUACCUAGAGAUGAUUCAUUUCUUACCACAGAACGUCAAGAAUGCAAUAUCUGUGCAAAUUGUUCCAUGUCAGUAUCUGUUACAGCCUGUGAAAAAUGAUGAUCGGCACCUGUACUCCCAGCACCUUAAAUCUUUGGCGUUUUCUGUGUUCACGCAAUGCCGGAGAUCAUUACCACCCUCCACCUACGUAAAAGCACUGACUGGCUUUGGCCCAGGAUUGGCCUUAGACAGCACCUUAAAGAGUCCAGAUAGACCAGAGCAUUUGCGGAUUUACAGCCCGCCGUUUAUCUUGGCUCCAGUGAAGGAUAAGCAGACUGAGCUGGGAGAGACAUUUGGAGAGGCGAGCCAGAAAUACAAUGUUCUUUUUGUUGGCUAUUGCUUGUCACAUGAUCAGAGGUGGUUGCUUGGAACAUGUACCGAUCUCUAUGGAGAGAUGCUGGAAACCUGCAUCAUUAAUGUAGAUGUACCAAACAGGGCUCGCAGGCGAAAAGGUUCACCCCGGAGAAUGGGUCUGCAAAAACUCUGGGAUUGGUGUUUGGGCAUCAUGCAGAUGACGUCACUGCCCUGGAGGGUGGUUAUUGGGCGUCUGGGGAGGAUAGGACAUGGGGAAUUAAAAGAUUGGAGUUGUUUGCUUGGUCGUCGCACUUUGCAGUCCCUUAGCCGUCACCUGAAGGACACUUGCAGAAUGUGUGGUAUUUCUGCAGCUGAUUCUCCAAGUAUCCUUAGUGCUUGUUUGGUCGCUAUGGAACCACAAGGAUCAUUUGUGAUAAUGCCUGGUAAGGAUAGUUUAUGGAAUUGUUUGGCCGUGGGCACAUCACUCAACAUGCAGACGUCGCAGCUGAGCACACCACAGGAUACUUCAUGCACUCACAUCCUGGUGUUUCCUACCUCUGCAAUGGUGCAGGUGCCAACUGGGAGCUAUGAAAUAAACGUUGAGGAAAUGGGAAUCUUUGAAUUACUGGACCCAGAUGAUGAUCUCAUAAUCAACUUGCCAGCAUCUCCAUCUACAUCUCCGGUACAUUCACCAGGCUCUCAUUACCCACACGGUGGUGACACCGGCAAGGGUCAGUGCACAGACCGUCAAGAAUCUCAUGAUGAAGUCACCAUUUUGCAGCAGCCCCUGGCACUGGGAUACUUUGUCUCGACAGCUAAGGCUGGGCCGCUUCCUGAUUGGUUUUGGUCAGCCUGCCCUCAAGCACAGAACCAAUGUCCACUUUUUCUCAAGGCCUCGUUGCACCUCCACGUGCCUUCAGUGCAUUCGGAUGAGUUGCUUCAUAGCAAGCACUCCCACCCACUUGAUUCAAACCAGACCUCUGAUGUGCUCAGGUUUGUUCUGGAACAAUACAAUGCUCUUUCUUGGCUGACCUGUGACCCUGCCACCCAGGACCGCCGCUCCUGCCUCCCUGUUCAUUUUGUGGUGCUGACGCAGCUGUACAACUUCAUCACAAGCAUGUUGUAAACCUCGCAAGAGAACUGAGGGAUUCAGGAAUUACUCGAAAAAGGGAUAUCGUUUGAGAGGGUCAUCAAGAGCAGGAAUUGGUAGGAAGGGAAGCAUGCAUUACUCAUGGAGAACUGGAGGGAUUCUUGGAAUUGGGUCUGAAUGACCCCAGGAUGUCCCCCCUCACCCCCCCACCCCCAUUAAUUGCCUGGUGGGUUUUAAAGCCACAGGCAGUUUAUCCAAAAAUGCCUGCAUCUUAAUUUAUUGUAAGUUUUUAAAUGUUGUAUAAAUUGUCUUAUAUUUUGUAUUUUUUUUAAUUUUUCACGAAGGUCUAUACUGCCUUCAGGCUUUAAAGCAUUUGUUGUACUAAAAUAUCUAUAAUCGUCUUAAAAGUUUGCAGUAGGUUGCUAUAAAGUCGGGAGGGAGAGCAGCAAAUAUCUAUUGGCUCAGUGUACAUUUUAGUAGGGGUGGGGUUAGUGUUAACCAUACAUUUGUGUGUGGUAAAAAUGCAGCGAAGCUGUGGAUGCAAAGUACUUGUACAGUAAAUAUGUUCACUGUGUUUAUAUAACUGAAAAGUACAUCUUAUGGCAUUUCUUAUCAUGCAUUUGAAGCCAGCGCUAAAAUGG